AUGUCGAAGCGCGGGAGGGGAGGAUCGGCGGGGAACAAGUUCAGGAUGUCGCUGGGUCUGCCGGUGGCAGCGACGGUGAACUGCGCCGACAACACGGGCGCCAAGAACCUGUACAUCAUCUCCGUGAAGGGCAUCAAGGGAAGGCUCAACCGCCUGCCGUCGGCCUGCGUCGGCGACAUGGUCAUGGCCACCGUCAAGAAGGGGAAGCCCGACCUCAGGAAGAAGGUCAUGCCGGCGGUCAUCGUGCGCCAGCGCAAGCCAUGGCGCCGAAAGGACGGUGUCUUCAUGUACUUCGAAGAUAAUGCUGGGGUGAUUGUGAAUCCUAAGGGUGAGAUGAAAGGAUCUGCUAUCACAGGACCCAUUGGUAAGGAGUGUGCUGACCUCUGGCCUAGGAUCGCUAGCGCAGCAAAUGCCAUUGUCUGA